AAACUGUAAUAGUACCUGGCAAGAAUGCUAUCAAAAAGAUGCACUUCCGGUUUUUGGUCUCUUCCGGUUAUCCGUUCACUUUCAAAUCGUUGUUUGUGUCGUCAAGACGUUGCGUCGAGAGAUCUUACACAGAGAGUAAAGGAUUGACUUCCAUUCAGUUCCCUAUCGAUUGUAUGCAGUUUUUGAUUCUGGAAACUCAGUAGCUGUUUCAGAGGUUUCUUUGUGACAGAGAUAUAUCUGCUUUUUCCUGUUCAAGAUGAAGAUUGCUGUUGAAGGCUGUUGCCAUGGUGAGCUGGAUGCCAUCUACGAGACUUUGGCUAGUCUGGAGAAGGAGAACAAUUUCAAGAUUGAUCUCCUCCUGGUCUGUGGUGAUUUCCAGUCGGUACGGAAUUACAGUGACCUCGAGGCCAUGGCUGUCCCACCGAAGUACCAGCAGCUGCAGACUUUCUAUAAGUACUACAGUGGAGAGAAGAAGGCUCCAGUGUUGACCAUCUUCAUCGGAGGCAACCACGAAGCCUCUAACUACCUUCAGGAGCUUUCCUAUGGAGGUUGGGUCGCCCCCAAUAUUUACUACCUCGGCUAUGCUGGUGUGGUGCAGGUGGGCGGUGUGAGGAUCGGUGGGGUCUCUGGCAUCUACAAGAGCCACGACUUCUACAAGGGUCACUUUGAGCGACCGCCGUACUCCAACGACACCAAGCGCAGUGUGUACCACGUUCGCAAUCUGGAAGUGUUUCGGCUGAAGCAGCUGAUCAGACCCCUGGACAUCUUCAUGUCCCAUGACUGGCCUCAAGGGAUUUACUACCACGGGGACACGGACAACCUCAUCAGGAUGAAGCCUUUCUUCAAGAAGGAGAUUGAGGAUGACACUCUAGGGUCACGGCCUUUGGGUGAACUGCUCACUCACCUUAAGCCGACCUAUUGGUUCGCUGCUCAUCUACACGUCAAGUUUGCUGCCCAUGUUCUGCAUCAGCAGACAGACCCGUCCACUCCUGCAAAGACCACCAAGUUCUUAGCCUUGGACAAGUGUUUGCCCAGGCGCGGUUUCCUUCAGGUGCUAGAUGUCCCUCACAAGGAGUCGGAGGGUUUGAAGAUCAAACUGGACCCUGAGUGGCUAACCGUUCUGCGCACCACUAACCAUCUGCUCAAACUGACCCCAACCAACACGUACAUGCCCGGACCUGGAGGUGCUGAGAGGUACAAUUUUGAAGCUGAUGACAAGGAUCUGAAAGAGACGGUCGAUUUAUUUGGAGGUGAUCUUACUCUUCCUGAGAAAGGUUUUGUCACAACCACGCCUCCUCUUGUCGGCACUCCAAACCCCCGCAGCGGAAGAACCCCUCUCAAGGUGGUGGUGAACCCUCAAACUUCACUUCUCUGCACCAUGCUGGAUCUUACAGACCCCAUGGCCUCAUUCCUGGGCAAGAGUUCGGAGGAGCUCCUGGAGAAAAGUUUUGGACCCAUCUCUGCAUUUGGUGGCGGAAGUGAUGAAAUGGAUGACGACAACGAUGAUGAUGAAGCCAACGAGAGCUCUGCUGAGAUGCCAAGCUACAUUGACAGCAGUAUGGAGGUCUCCUCUACCUCAUUCUCGAAUGUCUCUGAAGUUGCCAAAGAAACGCCACAGCUUUCUAAAUCGCAAAGUUUGUCUUCAGUUCUGCCACCACCCCGCGCUGUGCAGCCUUCAGACGUCAGAGUGGAUGACGACGAUGAAGAAUUCUUGUCGAUUUUGUCUGCUCAGAAAAAAGCGAGCCCCGUCAAGGCGCUCUCUGCCCCAGCCUAUGUGUCUUCCUCCACGUCCGGUGACACUGACAUGAAGAUGGCUACGGCUUUGUCUCACCAACGUUCCACUGGGGACAGCGCCAACUCAACUAGUCCCGAAAGUUCGACCACGGCCAGCGGAUUGGGUUUGUCCUCUGCUCAACAACUUCCUUCGACCGACAGAGACAGUGGUGUUUGUUCCCACUCGUCCCCUACAGCGUCUCUCUCGUCUUCUUCGGAUGCAGUCCCCUCAUUGGGACAGAAGGCCUCCAGUUUUGGUAUGUCUUCCCUGCGCCUUGAUUCGACAGACUCCUCGUCUAAUCUGUCCUCUCACUCAGGUGUGUCGUCAUCCCCGUCAACCCCCUCGCCAGCUAACAGAAAGAGAGACAGCGGUGAGGGUGAGAUUACUGGCAGCGCUGUGACCUCUUCGCCUGUCGUUAGUGGCUCUGCAAGCAAGAGGUUAAAAAGAAGAAACAUUUCUGCUUAUGCUGACCCUGUGUAAGACACUUACGACAUAAGGGUUCAGCCCAUGUGUGGAUCCUUUUGGCUGCCAGGAGUGACAUAUAGGAUGGAACUGGCUGCUGUGUGGGAAUCCUUCAUCCUGUUGGUUCAGCUGAUAGGAAAAUGUGACCGUUUCAGAUGGUUGCGACAUACCGGUUCAUCCCAUGGAAAUGUGUGGACCCUUUUGCUCGCCAGAAGUGACAUACAGGAUGGAACUGGCUGCUGUGGGGGAAUCCUUCAUCCUGUUGGUUCUGCUGAUAGGAAAAUGUGACCCUAUUAGAUUUCAGACGGUUGCGACAUACAGGUUCAGUCCAUGGAAAUGUGUGGGCCGGGCCCCUUUGGCUGUCAGAUGACAAUUAUAGGAUCGAGCUGGCGGCUGUGUGGGAAUCUGUCGUCCAGUUGGUUCUGCUGAAAGGAACAUAUGACCCUGGUUAAGAUGGUUGCGACAUAUGGGGUCAGCACAUUGACCUGUGUGGAGUAUGGGAUCGGAACUGGCGGCUGUGUGAGAAUCUUUCGACCUACUGCUUCAGCUGGUAGGUACACGAGAGCCUAUUUGGCUGCUCCUCAACCAUAUUUGAGUCAGUGACACUACUCCUUGAAAUGGUAGAACAAAUAUGGCAGUCGAUUUUGAGGCCUGUGUGAGUCUCUGAAGACUGUUUCAUCACUAAGAGUAUUUAUCAUGUCACUGGCCAUUGCCCUCUUCGGAUCAGUACUGAAAAACUCAGAUUCACGGCACUAAUCAGGUCAACAUGGAUACUAUGUUCAACUUGCCCUCUUGCCUUUUUUUUUUUGGUGGACUCCAGAACAAUGGCUUCUAGAAAUGCCCAGCAGCAAUAAUAUUGCAUCGCCUUUUAACCAGAUGCUUUGGUGGUGGUGAUGAAAAAGGUAGGUUUGUCAUUUCAGACGGAAAUGAUUAUUGAGAGGACAGUGAUGCAGACAGUACCAACAAAACAGAUUUAGAGACUGGUGUUGGUUGUCAGCAUGUCAACAGCAGCAGCUGGUGUGGACUAUGACACUGGUUGAAGUGAAAAUGAUUGAAAAUGUGACUGAGUGGGGGGAAAAGACACUACUUCAUGAUUUGAGGCAACUACUGGGCCGACUUUUGUCAAAUUAGGUGACAAUGUAGGAGGCUCUAUUUUUGUAUUUAUUUGAUGGCAAGAUUCUUUUGCACUGUGGUUGUUGAAUUAAGCCUUUAUGCUUCACGGCUUAGUUCUGGGUAAAUUAGAUGGUAGGCUAAUCAAAAGCAAGUAAAAAAAAUCCAACAAGGCUAAGAUUUUGGAAGGUUUUAAUAACUGCGGCAGAGAAUAUUUAUUUGAUUGUGGGGUGGGGGGGGGGGUUAGACAAAAUGACUUCUGAGUUCAGAUAUUCAUCCCUAAUUUAUUUAUUUAUUUUUGGUUGUAUAAACUCUACAAAAAUGUGAAUAGACCUGCAUGUUUGCCCACAAUCGUCUGAAAUCCGACCCUCGACCCGGCCUGUGCUAUCGCUAGGCCCGCCUGUAUUAGUCAACGUGCGAAGUGCGAGGACUGGCCAAUCGCCAGCGCCCCCUAUUUCUAUGGUCGGCUUUGUCUGCACUUACCAUUUCAUGUCGACUUCCGACGUCAGCUUUUCCGACAUAAAAUUCUGUCGGAACCUGAGAGUACAAAAAAGGAGGACAGCGUAAAUUAGAUCUACUUUCAGUUUCAUGCUCGAGCGGCCAUUUUGAAUUUCGUCUGUUGACCGAUUGUUCGGAUGUGGAUUCAUUCAAGGCUUACUCACUUGUUCUACUAGUUCUAGAUUUAUACAGAGUGAGAUCACUAUAGACCUCUAUGGAGGAUUCCUAUUCCAAUUCUAUUGUGUCAAACCCAUUAAAAGGUCAUGCUGUAAUGUUAAUAAUAAUGAUGGUAAAAGUGCAUUUCAUCGGGUGCGUAAAUUAAUUGACUCAGCUGAGUCCCUCUCUUUGGAUGCGGAUUUAGUUCAAGAAGGCCUAAUCCUCUAUUCACUUGCUCUUCUAGAUCUAGAUUACUGUAUGGAAGAUUCAUAUAUUCUAAUUCUAUGUUGUUAUUCAAACCCUAAGCAAUGUAGGCCAUGCAGGAUC